CUUCUGACACAAUAGUGUAUCCAAGAUGGCGGACGCGGGUGCAGCGAGCUCACCUGGGGGAGAAUCGGUGCUGCCGCCGCCGCCGCCGCCGCCUCCCCCAGAGGAGCAGGAGCUGAGCCAGCGGCUCCGACGUCUCUACCCGGCUGUAAACCAGGCCGAGACGCCGCUGCCGCGCGCCUGGAGCCCCAAGGACAAGUACAACUACAUCGGCCUCUCCCAGGGCAACCUGCGCGUCCACUACAAAGGACAUGGAAAAAAUCACAAGGAUGCUGCUUCAGUCAGGGCUACCCAUCCUAUCCCUGCGGCCUGUGGUAUUUAUUACUUUGAAGUGAAGAUAGUCAGUAAAGGUAGAGAUGGGUACAUGGGGAUAGGACUCUCAGCCCAAGGUGUCAACAUGAACAGACUUCCUGGUUGGGAUAAACAUUCCUAUGGCUACCAUGGUGAUGAUGGACACUCCUUCUGCUCUUCAGGGACAGGACAGCCUUAUGGCCCCACAUUCACUACUGGAGAUGUGAUUGGCUGCUGUGUAAACCUCAUCAACAAUACCUGCUUCUACACAAAGAAUGGGCACAGUUUAGGUAUAGCCUUUACAGACCUCCCUGCCAAUUUAUAUCCCACUGUGGGGCUCCAGACACCCGGAGAGAUAGUGGAUGCCAACUUUGGGCAGCAGCCGUUUGUGUUUGACAUCGAAGAUUACAUGAGGGAGUGGCGAGCAAAGAUUCAGGGCACCAUUAAGCGGUUUCCCAUAGGUGACCGGCUAGGUGAAUGGCAAGCCAUGCUACAGAAUAUGGUCUCUUCCUAUCUGGUCCAUCACGGGUACUGUGCUACAGCAACUGCCUUUGCCAGGGUGACGGAAAGUACAAUCCAGGAAGAACAGAUCUCUAUAAAGAACAGACAAAGAAUACAGAAGCUGGUCUUGGCAGGAAGAGUGGGGGAAGCCAUUGAGGCCACACAACAGCUAUACCCAGGACUCCUAGAGCACAAUCCUAAUCUCCUUUUUAUGUUAAAGUGCCGGCAGUUUGUGGAGAUGGUGAAUGGAACAGACAGUGAAGUACGUUGUUUCAGUGCCCGCAGCCCCAAAUCCCAGGACAGCUACCCUGAUUCCCCCAACCUAAGUCCAAGGCACGGCUCUAACAAUUUGCACAUUCACAGCACUGGAGCGGACAGCCCAAGCUGUAGCAAUGGAGUUACUUCCAUAAAAAACAAACAGAGCCACUGUAAAUAUCCAGCACUGAGCUCGUCGUCAUCAUCCUCUUCCUCGUCAUCCCCUUCAUCGGUGAACUACUCAGAGUCUAACUCCACAGAUUCCACCAAGUCCCAGCAGCACAGCAGCACCAGCAACCAAGAGACCAGUGACAGUGAGAUGGAGAUGGAGGCAGAGCACUACCCCAAUGGAGUCCUCGAGAAUUCUGCUACAAGGAUAAUGAAUGGCACUUACAAACAUGAAGAGAUUCUGCAGACAGAUGAUUCCAGCAUGGAAGAUGGCUGUCCUCAGAGGCAGCUCUGUGGAGGGAACCAUGCUGCCACUGAGCGGAUGAUCCAGUUUGGGCGGGAGCUGCAGACCCUGAGCGAGCAGCUGUGCAGAGAGUAUGGGAAGAAUACGACACAUAAAAAAAUGUUGCAGGAUGCGUUCAGCUUGCUGGCCUACUCUGAUCCAUGGAACUGUCCCGUUGGCCAGCAGCUAGAUCCAAUCCAACGGGAACCCGUGUGUGCUGCACUCAAUAGCGCUAUAUUGGAGUCUCAGAACCUGCCAAAGCAGCCCCCACUGCUGCUUGCCCUGGGCCAGGCCUCGGAGUGCUUGCGGCUCAUGGCCCGCGUGGGCUUGGGCUCCUGCUCUUUUGCCAGAGUGGAUGACUAUUUGCACUAGCCACUGAGUGAGACAGAGUGACCCCUCCAGUGCUGCCACCAUCACUUCCCCCUGCCUCGCAUUUUCCCACUGCCCCCAAGGGCAAGCUGCCCAGCAGAAGGACACAUUGCUGACUGAGGGGGAAUCCUUGUGAUGCCUUCAUUUCUCACCUUGGAAACUGCUGGCAGGGCCUUCCCCCUGUCGUCAUCACCACCACAGCCUGCUCUGCCCUGCAGCCAUUGCAGCACUCAGUAUUUUCACUGGUCAUUCUGAUGUAGCGCCUUUCCUACUUUAGGAUUUAUUUUAUUUUAUUUUAUUUUCUGACUGAGCCACCAGUAUUUAUAUCUGGAGAGUUUGUGCUGAGCUGGUUUCUACUAAUUUAGAGAUAAAAGUGUAUCUGUUGGUGAUGGCCUGCUUUUAUUUUCACGAGGGCAAACUGCUGGCACGCAUGUCACCAGGGCAGUGUUGUUCUCUAGUGCUAGUCCCCUUAAAGGCAAGAGGCUUUGUGUUUUGACUGGAGACCAACCUGUGCCACCACAUCUCUACUGCCUGAGCAGAAAGGCUCAUUUGUCUCUUUUUUGCCAUGUGAUAUUCAAGUUCAAGAACUGACAGGUGGCCAUUGGAACUUCUAUGGAGAAAAGCUGAGAAUGAGAACGUAAGGUGUGCAAUAUUUUGGUCUCAUCUUCUAGUGAAAUGGCCUGAUACUCUGAGACAGAUGGAGAUGGUCUUAAUCAAGCAUACCCCCCCCCACCCUAAACAUGGUUGAGAGCAGGAACAAUGUCUUGCCUAAACACAUCCAACAUUAUAACACAGGCAGCUGAGAUGAUGACCUCCAGAUGUUGGACUCCAGUUCUCAUCAGCCCCAGCUAACAUGAUCAGUAGUCAGGGAUUAGGGGAUCUGUAGUCUUAAUAACAUCUGGAAAGAAUCAUCUUAACUACCCAUGCAUUGAGGAAGGGAUCCUAGGCCCAAUGCAGUUUGAUUAGCACAUUUAAUCCAAUAUGGGCAUUUAGGUGGCAGCUAGCAUCAAACAAAUGGGACUUAUCCCAUAGAGAUGUUGAAGACAGAGUGACUUUACCUGUCUUUUAAAUGAAAUAGUGUCAGAUGAUGUGGAAACUGGGAGAGAUGUGUCACUCUAGCCUUUUCUAUUUGAGCUAGAGACUCUCCUAGGGGCUUUCACUUGGACUGCUGUCUGCUUUUUUAUACAGUUGCACACCCCCUGUGUUUUGGGGUCAUUCAUAGUUGACAAGCUCCCAGUCCAGGUUUGGGGCUCAGGUAGAUCAGAUCACACCUCCCUCAUUACCUGUGGAUCUUUGUUCCACACUGAACUUGAAGUCCGUCAGAUGCUUGAAUGACAACUGAUCAGCCACAAACGAAAAUGUGAAAUUGAGGACAUAAGCCAAUAUUUAGUUUUUCCUUUUAAAAAAAGUGUACAGUUUUUAUUCCAAGGAGUAGCCAUUAAAAAAAAAAAAGGACAGACACUUCUAAACCAGGGUAUUGCAGAAAUCCUCACAAAAUGUUGCUAGGCAUAAUGGGUGAAAAACUCAGGUGCCAGCCUAAUUUAUAUGAGGGUGUAUAUAUGUAUAUCAAGAGAGGCACACUACUAAAGGCAAUUUUGUCAGAUUAUAGUAUGGAUUAUGCAGCUUCAGAAUUGUUGGCUAGCUGGCAUAUUUCAACAUCUUGUCUAGCUUUUAGUAUACAUUUCUGAUGGGAAAAGUGACUCCUAUAAAAUCAACAAUCGAGACAUUUAGCUCAAGUGGUUUUUCAGUAUUGCAGAAGCUUACGGGGAAUGUGCUAAAUAAGAAGUGUGCCCCUUGAGGUGAAGAACAAUGGUCACAUUUAGAACAGGCAUAGGCAAACUCUGGCCCUCCAGAUGUUUGGGACUACAAUUCCCAUCAUCCCUAGCUAACAGGACCAGGGAUGAUGGGAAUUGUAGUCCCAAACAUCUGGAGGGCUGGAGUUCGCCUAUGCCUGCAUUAGAAAGAAGCUGACAGUUUAGUUUGGGGCUUGCAGGUAUAAUGGUGAAUAACACACGUGUGUGCAGUAGACUUGGAACAUACAGAAUGGGCAUCACAUUCAAGAAUGUGACCUGUACCUGUAAUGGGAAUGAUCCUGCACAGUGCUCAUCAGUUGUAGACCACCUCUAUUUUCAUGUGUUUGUGUGUAAAGUAGUGGUGGUGGAAGUAAACACACUGUUUUCAUCCCUUGUUCUGCUGGGCUGACUAUUACUGAGAGACUACAGAAACACUUUAAAAUUAAAGAGAUGGCUGUGGAAGACACAGUUCCAAAUUCAAUCCCCCCUGUCCCUGCACUGAUAGUGUUACAUAACUGGCUAUGAUUGCUCUCUUGCACAGUUAGAUCAAAGCAAAAUAUCAUCUUAACUGCAUUGAAUAAAGGAAAACAUUAUCCUUUUUUGCCAGCUGCCAUGAUACUCAAAUGUGUAGUGUUGUUUUAACAAUUCUAUCCAGCCUUAGAUCUUUUUUAAAGAGUGCUCAGUGCUAGCUUACACAUCAAUAAGCAAAUCCUGUUUAAAACACUGAUUUUAAAAUCCAUCCCUAAUUGUGUCUUGGUGUGAAAACUGACAUCUUUAUAUCUCCAAUCUCAUUUUCUGCACCAGCAACCUAUCAAUUGGCUGCUAUUGCUGUAUGCAGCUCUUAGGAUUUAAUUUUUAAAUUUUACCUAUUUUGGACGAGUCUUUAACCAGCGAUCUCCUGCCUCCAUAACAUUCCUUUUUACAGAGUUGCUUUGAAUAUUUUCUCAGAAACAAGUUACCCACACUUAUGGUGGGUAACAUGCUUUUGAUCUAAAGCAAUCUGCUUUGAUAAUGUAUGAAAGCUUGAAAUCCUGUAGACAUUGGAAGUACUCUGUGUCACACUUGAAGAAGACUUUCAGUACCAGCCAGCUCAGCUCAAGAGUUUCCUUGUGGUACAACUGCUGUUUAGACCCAGAAACUCCUGGAGUGUGUAGCCAAAAUGUGGCUGUUGGUAUCAAAGCCUAUAGCAAUUAUUCUUAAAUUGACAAUGUAAAUGUUUAGAGGUUAAAAUUAAUUCAAUCAAAAAUACUAUGGAACUUGUGAAACAAAAUCUUCCCAGAUGUGUUCAUAUUCAUAUUGAUGAAAUAGUAUUCUCUUUUCACAGCAGCUAACUAUGAAUACUCCACUUUGGAUACAAAAUACUCAUUUUUUUAGUAGGUGGUCAUCAGAGCCAUUAUGAUCAAGAGCAACAAGAAAUAACAUGCAUAGGUGAUAUCUAGGCUAUGGGGUAAAAUUGCAGAAUUUACAACAACCUCCCCUUCUAGGGCAUUUGCCAUAUAGAUUGAAUAGAGAUUGAAAGUCUCUAGUUGUGGUGUCUAGAAUCCAACAGCGUCACUGCUGAUUGCGCUUCAGUCUGGCAGUAAAAUAGUCUCUCUACUCUACAGCUGUUUUAAACCAUUCUUUGAAAUACAAGGCUGAAGAAUGCUGAUCCAUCACUUGAUAAAAACACA